CACAGAAAUUCCUCCCCUUACAAGUUUUACACGGUGAACAGCAAGCUGCCCCACUCCAUCAGCCGUUGACUCGAGAAAGACACUCGACCCAGGAGAGCAGCAGCAGCACCUGGAAUUCAGGCCACCUGACGGCAGUACUCCGAGCUCUCUCUGCUGGCCCCCCCCCACCCCGGAACCAUUCUGGAAGCCUCUUGAAAACGUUGUUGGAGAAAGCUGGCUGCCCGCGGAGGUCACACGGAACGCAAGGAGACUGCAAUCUGUGCUUUGAACCAGAUGCCCUGUUGCUAAUAGCUGGAGGAGACGUUGAGGAUCAGCUGAGAGAGGAAGUGGUCCAGAGAGCUUCUGUUCUUCUCCUCUAUUACAUUAUUCAUCAGGAAGAGAUCUGCUCUUCCAAACUCAACAUGAGUAAUAAAGAGUAUAAAUUUUACCUACACAGCCUCCUCAGCCUCAGGCAGGAUGAAGACUCCGAUUUCCUUUCACAGAAUGAGAUGGAAGAUAUCCUGGCAUUCACCAGGCAGUACUUUGACACUUCUAGAAGCCAGUGUAUGGAAACCAAAAUGCUACAGAAGAAGUCUGGAAUACUGAGCAGGGAUGGUGCUGAUGAAAACACGCUUCCUCAGUUGGCAGCGAUGAUCAUCGCUUUGUCCCUCCAAGGUGUCUGUCUGGGUCAAAGAGACUUGCCUUCGCCAGACUAUUUUACGGAAUAUAUUUUCAGUUUUUUGAAUAGUACAAAUACUCUCCACUUUUCGGAACUAGACCAACUCCUCAACACUCUGUCAACCAAAAGUACCUGUAUCAGAAAAGAUAAAAUCCAUCACCUUGAAAGGAGAGAAAACAACCUAACAAUCUAUGACUGGGGGUACCCUAAUCUGUCUGUAUCCACGGACCAAGAGUCAGAAGACAGUUCAGUUUCCUGGGAGAAGACUUGCUUCUCUGCCCGGCAGCUGGUGGAGAUAUUUCUACAGAACAGCCUUUCACCCAUUUCCAAGGAAGACUUUAAGCAAAUGAGUCCAGGAAUUAUCCAGCAAUUGCUCAGCUGUUCUUGCCAGCUGCCUGAUGACCAACAUGCAAAGCGGCCACCAACCACUCUGGAGAAAUAUGGCUACAGCACAGUGGCCGUGGCCCUGCUCACACUGGGCUCCAUGCUUGGGACAAUGCUGAUUCUGUUCCACACCUGUGAGGAAAACUACAGGCUUAUUCUGCAGCUGUUUGUGGGUCUGGCUGUUGGGACGCUUUCUGGGGAUGCCCUGCUCCACCUUAUCCCUCAGGUGCUUGAUUUACAUAAGCAGGAAGGCUCAGAGUUUGGACAUUUCCAUGAAAGCAAAGGUCAUAUUUGGACACUGUUAGGAUUAAUUGGAGGCAUCCACGGACUUUUCUUGAUAGAAAAAUGUUUUAUUCUUCUUGUAUCACCAAAUACCAAGCAGGGCGUGUCAUUGGUUAAUGGGCGUGGGGAACAUUCCCACCACCUUGCACUCAACGCUGAAUUAGGCGACCAGUCAGGCAGAGACAAAUCUGCUUCAACUAUCCAGUUGAAAGGCCCAGAAGAUUCACAGGCAGCUGAAAUUCCUGUAGGCAAUAUGACCGCCUCCAGCCAAAAAUACAAAACCAUUAGCUUGUUAGCAGUCAUGGUGCUGGUUGGGGACAGCCUGCAUAAUUUUGCAGAUGGUCUUGUGAUAGGAGCUGCCUUCUCGUCGUCGUCCGAGUCCGGAGCCAUCACCACACUCGCUAUCUUGUGUCAUGAAAUCCCACACGAAAUGGGAGAUUUUGCUGUGCUCUUAAGCUCUGGACUUCCUAUUAGGACUGCCAUCCUUAUGAAUUUUAUAAGUGCUCUGACUGCCUUCAUCGGACUGUACGUUGGUCUCUCAGUCUCAGCUGCUCUGUGUGUUCAGAACUGGAUCUUAACAGUGACUGCGGGGAUGUUCUUAUAUUUAUCCUUGGUGGAAAUGCUUCCUGAAAUGACUCAUGUUCAAACACAGCGACCCUGGUUGAUGUUUCUCCUGCAGAACUUUGGAUUGACCCUAGGCUGGCUUUCCCUCUUUCUGCUGGCUAUAUAUGAACAAAAUAUUAAAAUAUAAGUUAAGAGUCUCACACUUCUUCAAAAAUGAGUAUCUAUGGCCUCAUGUUGUCUCUUUUGUCAUACUCUAUAGUGAUUG